AUGAUUACCGUUAAAGAUAUAUACGAUAUUUUCACAGCGAUUGUGCCAUUAUAUGCUGCUAUGUUAUUAGCAUAUGCUUCGGUUCGUUGGUGGAAAAUCUUCACACCUGAUCAAUGUUCUGGAAUAAACCGUUUUAUCGCAGUUUUCGCAGUUCCGUUACUCGCUUUCCAUUUUAUAGCUUCCAAUGAUCCAUAUGCUAUGAAUUUCCGUUUCUUAGCAGCUGAUACACUUCAAAAAGUAGUUAUCCUUGUUGCUCUUUUUCUAUGGAACAUGUUCUCAAAAAUACAAGAUAGUUUUGAUUGGACUAUAACACUUUUCUCUCUUUCAUCUCUUCCUAACUCACUUGUCGUUGGAGUCCCUCUUUUAAAAGCUAUGUAUGGUGAUUUCUCAGGAACUCUCAUGAUACAAAUUGUCGUUAUGCAAGCUGUUAUUUGGUGCACGGUUCUGCUUUUCUUGUUUGAAUAUAGAGCUGCUAAGCUUCUUAUUUCAGAACAAUUUCCUGAAAAUGCAGUAUCUAUAACUUCUGUCAAAGUUGAUCCUGAUAUUGUUUCGCUUAACGGUAGAGAGCCACUUCAAACGGAUGCUGAGAUAGGAGAAGAUGGUAAAAUUCGUGUUGUUGUGAGAAGAUCAACUACUGGCUCUACGUUAUCAGCAUCAUUUAACACAUCUCGUUCAAAUCUCAGCAGUGUUGAGAUAUAUUCAGUUCCAUCAUCAAGAGAACCAACACCAAGAGCUUCUACUAGUAUUAAACAAAUGAAUAGUUUUCCGAGUAAUGAUAAUGAUAUUAGUGGUGAUGUUUAUUCGAUAGGGGAAACACCAAGGUCUUUGAAUUUGGAAGAUGGGAAUUUGAAGAUAAAUAAGAGGAAAGAGAUGAGUCUUAUCGGUGUUAAUGAAUUGAUUGAGAACACGUGUAGUGAAGAAGGGGGUGAUGGAAUUGAGGACGCAGGGAUUGUAAACAAAAACAAACAUAUGCCAGCAGCAACUGUGAUAGCAAGACUUAUCCUCAGCAUGGUUUGGAGAAAACUCAUAAGAAAUCCUAAUACGUAUGCAAGUGUUAUAGGACUUGUUUGGUCUCUUAUAGCAUUUAGGUGGCACAUUGAAAUGCCCUUAAUUGUACAAGGUUGCUUCUCAAUACUAGCUAAUGGUGGUCUUGGAUUGGCCAUGUUUAGUCUAGGUUUGUCCAUGGCAUUACAGCCUAAGCUGAUUCUAUGUGGAAAACGAGUUGCAACAUUUUCUAUGGCUGUGAGGUUCUUGGCCGCUCCUGCUGUGACUGCAGCAACCUCAUUAGCAGUUGGCCUCCGCGGAGUUCUCUUACAUUUUGCAAUUGUUCAGGCAGCCCUUCCUCAGGGUAUUGUUCCCUUCGUGUAUGCCAAAGAAUACAAUCUCCAUUCAGAUAUACUAAGUGUUGGGGUUAUAUUUGGAAUGUUGAUUUCAUUGCCCAUAACAACACUCUACUAUGUGCUUCUUGGUUUAUAG